AUGUUUGUGUGUCCUUCAUGCCAGACAUUGCUCGCACAAGACAAACUUCCCGCCUUUGCGCUUGCCAAUUGCCUGUAUUGCGGAGCCCUUCCUGAGAGAUUUCAAGAUCUCACCUGGCUGGAGGAGAAAGUGUAUGCUAUUUACUCGAUCACAGCUCACAUCACGUGUCUUUUCAUGUUUCAUGGCAACACCUGUGCACAUGACAUGAAUGUGAUGUCUAUUGCUUCUGUCUUGCCAUGCACUCCCGUGGACAUCAAUGGGUUCUUGAGUGUCAUGUUCAUUGGACCUGACACAUUUGAUCCCAAGCGCAUGGGCACACUGUUCCAUGUACGAAAACACAACAUCUGGUCCUUUUUGGUGUGGCUGAAGGCACACAAUCAUUUAUAUGCAGACAUCCGGUUAGACAAAGCUGUAAUGGAGCAGUAUCCCUUAGACAGCACUAUUCCUGGCCUCCAUGAUCGGUAUUUGCAUCUGAGACCACUGGUUUUAGGCCACAUCUGGCCACACUAA